ACUGGCCAGCGCACUCCAGAUUUGGUCCUGGUUCCUGUGAUUAUAGGUGUGUAUUGAGUUGGCGGGCCGGAAGUUUACCCGAAUUUGAUCUCUGGGCCCUUGUAUGGUAGUUUAAACCCAUCCAGCUCUCUGCCUGUAGUCUCCUCCUCUCUGCUAGUUGUGACUAGUAAUUGAGUGGGUGUGCAGGUGAGAGUUUCCACUUAAUAGGUUGUCUCUCCUGUGCUGUCACUGGGAAGAACAGAGGGUAGUGGCACUGGGAGAAAAGGAGAGAGGGAGAGACCAAGAGAGAGAGGCUCCACACAUCAUCCACAGCUGAUACAGACAGUUUCAUCCUCAGACUUUUGCUCAACGCCACACAAGGACUGGACUAAGGGCUCCUACUCCCUCUAGAAGACUAUGGCCUCAACUGCUUUUUUUAAAGGCACAGGCCUCCUGCUCUUCUUACUACUGGGACUGCAGCCAUGGUCAUUUAUUUCAGGACAAAACAUAACCUCAAGUUCCAAUUCAACAACCAAUGCUACAACCACGGUGGCUGCAAUAACUGUGUUGUCAACUGCCAUGAGUACUGACUCUGCAACAGCUCCCACGACAGUUACCACAGGUCGAGCUACAAUGUCGUCUGCCAUUUCUUCUACGAAUGCUGCAAUGUUGUCAGCAGGGUUGGGUAGUGGAACCACAAGCAUGGCCAAUACUACUUCAUGGGGCACCAGUGGCAUGACCAUGAUAUCCUGUCGCCAGUUCUCCUGUAACUACUCAGACUGCUACGAUGUGUACAUGAAUAGGACUUCUGUUUCAUGCAACGCUAAUAUCACCUUCUGUGAACUGAAGAGACAGGAAGACAUGACUUACACCGGUGGCUGCAGUUCCUCCUGCAGGAAUGCCUGUGUCAAUAACACUCAGACCAACUGUACCAUGGGAUGCUGCAACUCCACUGGCUGUCUUAGCUCUACCCUGGCCUCCAUGGUUCGCGCAAACACUACAACAGUGACUACAGUGAUGAUGACCACCACCACCACAACAACAGCAGCAGCCACCACUACAACUGCUAUACCAACCAAUAAACUUAAGAAGUGCCAGAUGUUUCAGUGCAUAGAGCAGAACUGUUACAAGACUUGGAUGAACAAAGACCUAAUGCCUUGUCCCCUCAACCAGCCCUACUGUGAGUUGAAAAAGAUCACAACUGGUUCAACAACGAUCUGGAUGGGAGGCUGCAAUGCCGACUGCACAAAAAACACCUGGUGUACRGCCACAACAGGUACAUGCCACCAAGAGUGCUGCAACACCUCCAUAACAUCCUGCCUCAAGCUGGAUGGUACUCUGAACGUUCCUUCUUCUGCCACUAGAGGUCCUCACUUCCCUUUAGCAUUGAUCACUGCUGCUCUGCUGGUUUGUCUGCUCAGCAUUGGUUCUCUGGUUUAAACUGGGUGGUGUUCAGUGGGUACCAAGCGGAAGAAAAUGUAUUGAAAGAGGGAGGAAAUACCUUGACUUGUCCGUUGCAAAAUGGUUUAAAACAUUGCCUGUUGUGUGACUUAAUGAACAACCCUGAUGUGUCGACCCACUGAGCCAUUGCUUGAAUUUAAACAGUAGCGGUAGUAGUUAGCACAGCGAAACCUGGUUUCCAUUCCACAUGAAUACUAUACUGGUUGUAGGUCUAGCCUACUCUGUUUUUGUUUGUUUGUUUGUUUGUAUAUAAGAUGUAUUGAGAUACUGUAUGUGAGGGCUCAUAUGUGCUUUUGAGAGAUUUAGAUGAUUUAAUAAGUGAUAAUGAUUCCCCUAUGUGAGUCCAAACCAAAUGGGUUUAAAGGGAUUUAUUGAAGAAUAUGACAAUUAAUAUGGCUACAGAAAGCUAUUCAACCAUACCAUCAUACCCAUUUAUAAAUCAAUACUGCGUUAAACAUAAUACACAGAGGAUGAUAGCUAUUUACGAUCAUAGAUGACUGACCUAAUGUAUGGUACGGUAAUUAAUUAUCWGCUUUUUCUUACUUAUUGAGAUUUCUGUAAGAUGACAUUUACAAUUAUGACAUUUUCAUAAAUAUCCUCUUUUUUUUAGGCACAUUUUCUUUCACCAGUAGUUUGCAUGACGACUUGCAUGUUUUCUUUGAUUUUUCACUUGCAAAGACCUUCUAGCCUGGUCUCAGAUCUGGUUGUGCUCUUGCUAACUCAAUUGCUCAUUGACAAACCAAACAUGCCCAGGACAAGGAGUUGGCAUUAUAGCACAAACAGACUGGCACUCAGGCUAAAGACUUUCUCCAAUACAAAAGCAAACAUCUGUUCUUUACAGAUAUUGCAUAGUAACUCAGUUAUUACCUAGUCCUCGCUAGCAUAUUGUGAAGGACARAUUGACAAUUUAUGCACUUUUUAAAACAUAUAUAUUGGGCUAUAGAAGGUUUUUGAAAUAUUUGUGCUGACACAGAGGUGUAAUUCAUAUCUGUGAAUGUAGUCAUACACUGUACAACUGUAAUAUGUGUUUUACGCCUUUUAUUUAGCUGUAUUCAGAAUUUACCAUCAUAACAAUGUAAUAAUUGAUUCAUAAAAAUGGGUUAUAAAAUUGGGUUAUCAAAAUGUCUAAGCGUAUAUUUUUGCAGUAGUUUCAUGGAAAGUUGGCAUUCAACACCUAGGUCAUAUCUAAUAUUUGGAGAAAAGUUACUAAAAGAAAUGUGUCAUGUUGGAUACUUUCUACAUUGUGUAUAGUGUACAAACUGUAACAACUGCUKUUAAAGUCAUAUGAAUUAAAUAAAUGUUUGA